AUGGAGAAGUACUUUAGACCUGAUAAACUAGAGGCUGAUCCAAACUCCCAAACUUCCGCCAAAGAAUUUAAACACUGGUACGAAACAUUUAAGAAUUUUUUGGAAAGCAAUAAAUCUACAGAAAAAUCGCUAGAAGAUAAAGACAAGUACAUGCUUUUAAUCAAUUUUGUCUCACAUUCAGUAUAUGAUUACAUAAGCGAAGCAAAAACAUACAUUUCUGCUACCAAAAUUUUGGAAGAAUUGUAUAUUAAACCUACAAAUGAGAUUUACGCAAGACAUAUUCUAGCUACAAGAAAACAACAAAUAAACGAAUCUAUAGAUCAGUAUGCUCAACAGUUAAAGCUUUUGGCUAAAAAUUGUAAUUUUAAAGCAGUUUCUUCAGAAGAAAAUAAAAAUGACUAUAUUCGUGAUGCUUUUAUUAAUGGUCUCGUUCAAUCUAAUAUACGUCAAAGAUUACUAGAGUUUAGUUCUUUAUCUUUGGACGAAGCAUUAUCUAAAUCUAGAUCUUUAGAAGAUUCUCAAAAACAAUCUGAUACAUAUCAUGCAGCAUUAAAUAAUAUAGCAUCUUGUAGUCAUCCAAAUUCAGAACAAACUACUUUAGCUUCUGUUCAAACAAAACCUGGUCAGACUUGUUAUUUUUGUGGACAUCCAAGACAUCCUCGAUCUGUAUGUCCAGCAAGGGCUGCGAUUUGCCAAAACUGUCAUAAAAUUGGACAUUGGUUUAAAAUGUGCAUGCAAUCAAAGAAAAGUCAAACGAGAUCAACUUAUGCAUCUACAAUGGUAAUCGCUUCUUCAAUGGAAACACCUCAAUCGCUUUCAAAAUGUAUAGCCAAAGUAACAGUUAACCAAAUUGAUGCCAACGCUUUAAUAGACACUGGAAGCUCAGAUACUUUUUUAGAUCAUGAAUUCGCCAUUGAAAAUAAGCUUAAAAUUUUUCCAAUACAAGGGGUCCAAGUUUCUAUGGCAUCUAUGUCAUUCUCAGCUAAUAUUCAAGGCUAUUGUUUAAUAAACAUUCAGGUUGAUAAAGAAAAAUAUGAUCAAACAAAAGUUUUAGUUUUAUCCAAUCUUUGUACAGAUGUGAUUUUGGGUCAAGUUAUUGUGAAACAACAUGAAAGCUUAGAAGUUAAAUUUGGAGGACCAAGAAGACCUCUUAAGAUAUGCUGUCUUACUGAACCUAAAAUUAAGACACCUUCGUUAUUUUUAACUCUUACCAAUUCUAACAGUGGUUACAUGGACGCUUCGCCAGUGAAAGCUACCCACAGAAACUCAUCAGCUACCCAUAGAGACAUCAGCAGUUGGCCCAAUUUGGGCGUUGCCAAAUUUGUACCUCUAAACUAA